CUGAUUGUCCACGGAAGGGAUAAGUCCUUAGUCUUCUAGUCCCUUGGUCCAUCGAAGGAGGGCUCGUACUCGACAGCACAUCAUCAACUUACCAAACUCAUCAAAUUUCCCCAGCUCAUAACUGAAACAACAACAAAUCAGUCUCACCGUUUUUACACAACUAGUUCCAACAUGGCGCAAGAAGACGAAGAGCACUAUGGCUAUGUCGUGUUCGAAGGUGACGGCGGGAAGGAAUAUCUCUACUUCCGAGACUUCGAAGACCGGCUUGACUACGUGGCCCACCUCGUUCGGGACCUUGAUCCCAGAUCCGGCGAGGUCCUGGUCCGCAAGGUCCAUCAUCGCCUGCCCUCGCAACAGGAGCCGGCCGAAUUCCGGGCCAUGGACGCCAUCACCGCGUUGAAGGAACAUAAUCCAAAGCCGGAAUUUCCUACAUAUAUUGCCAAGUGGUAUCCCCACCGCGGCGAGCCAGUCAGGGCGCAUAAGACGAGCUUCGGGUGGCCUCGCGAGUAUUUCGCCCUAUCGUACUGGAAGCCGUACAACGGAGCCUUGCUGCCCAAGCGCUGGGCCGACUUUCGAAACCCUAACGUUCCGAUCCCCCCUAUCGCGGCCGUCGCGCGGAUGAUGCGUCAAGUCCUUUCCAUCAUCCACUACCUUUACACGGCCGCGCCGCAGCCGCUGUACCACGAUGCCCUCAACAUGCAAAACAUUUGGGCACAUUGGGAAGCGGACUCGGAGCUACCCGAUUUUUACCUUGGCGACUUUGGCGAUGCUCGUUUCGCCAACGAGUGGUCGCCUCCGUCCGGUUCCCUGAAGGCCAUCCGGCCGAUGAGCUUAAGGAUUUCUGUACUGGGCUCUACUACGUGACCCUCCGAGUACUGGCGUCAAUCCCGGGGGAAAUUCCGAGGUCAAGGGAGGAAGGCGUAAGGGUGACAGCGAUUAAGCAAUUGAUAGA